AUGAGGCCACUAGGGGGCUUCAUCGUUGCUCUCACAUUCAACGUGGGCGCGACAUGGGCAGCCGAGAUUAGGCAUCUCGACGGCAUCCACCGCGUCGAGAAGAAGGCGGAAACCACAGCGCGAGCACAUCUCCCCUCUGCUGAUGCUGUCGUCGACAAGCGUGCCAAAGACAAUGGCGAGGAUAUUUGCGGAACAAGCAUGAAGCUGUGCCCCGAGUCCAUGAAAGGCGGCUGCUGUCCAGAGAACUACUCGUGCGGUGUGUCGAGCUGCUAUGCCACGACCAAGGGGCCGUCGACCUGUGGCACGCUCGUGGGAUGGUAUGCUUGCGACCAGGUCUACGGUGGAGGGUGUUGUCCUGACGGGUAUCUCUGUCAGACGGCGGACAAUUGCAUCCCGCCCUCGGGGUCGGCAUACACUCUAGACUGUCCCGCGAGUCACUACCUGUGCCCAGAGAGCAUGAGCUACGGAUGUUGUCCCGAUGGCAUGGGCUGCGCCGUCAACCAGUGCUACUCGAUCGAGUCGAGCACGGUCACAGAGGCGGUCACGGUGACGACAACGGAAGAUGGGGAGAGGCGGGUGUUCACGACGCGGCAGACAACGGUAGAGACCCCAGCAGCCCCAACGAGGUUGCCCGAGGUGGACGCCGGCGAUGAUGACGAGCAGUUUAUCCUCAAGGUCUUCCCAUCUGUCAUCGCCAAGCAGACGGCCGCACCACAGGAAGACGACGACGACAAUAGCAGCGGCGGUCUCACACAAGGCCAGCUUGCCGGCAUCGUGACGGGUGCCGUUGUCUUCCUCAUCGUCGUCAUCGUCGUCGCCUUCAUCAUCAUCCGUCACCUCAACAAGGUGGUCGCAGCCGUCGCAUCCUCCGGCUCCCACCCAUCCAACCCGCGGCCCGUGAUGAAGCAGUUCCGCCCGACCGACUCGGAGAUUGACGCCCUCAGCGUCGAUCCGCUCAUACUGUCCCCCCGCGUGGCCGCCGUCGCUAAGAAUGCAGCCACCACCACCUGGUCGCCGGACGCGCUGAGCUCCACGGACCCGACGCCCAGUUCCUUCAACGGCGCCUACGUGCCCGUGAGUACGAGUCAGAGCCGGCACACGAGCUUUGAUAGCCAGGGCAACGUGAGCUCGUACUUUGACGCCAUCCCGGGGAGGAAUUCUCGAUUUAGCACGCAGACUUGGAAUCCGCAGCAGUCUGCGGACACCAAGGCUCCAUUGUCGAGCGGGAAUACGGCCAGCGGCGAUUCCUCCGGGACCUAUAUGCAUGUGCGGCAUUGGUCCCAUGCUUCGGAGGAGGAGGAGGAUGUGUCCGAUGCGCGCAACGUCUGCGCAGCGGCGGGAACAUUGGGGGUACCAGCGGCACCGGCGCCGCCGUCAUUGCUCACCGAGCUCGAGGCCAAGUCGGUGGUGCCCGAGCUUGUGGGCUCUCCGACAGGCGAGUACAGACGACGCAGCAGCGGGAGCAACGUGUCCAUCUCGGGCAUGCUGUCCCGACAUUCAUCGUCGAACCAUCAACGACUUCGCAGCGAGAGCACGGCCGUCACGACAGCGACAGGAGGUCUGGACGUCGUGGAUGAGGAGACCAAUUCGCCGACAAACAUUGCCCGACAGCAGCAACAGGAGCAGACUGGGCAAGACGUCCAACGGCCAGGGUCAGCCCUAAGCUGGCAGCAGGGCGACGAUCAGGGCCAUGCACGGGCCGGAUAA